AAGUAGAUUCGUGAAGUCGCUUGUACUGAGUGUUGCAUAGGAAGCCACAAACUCGGAGCACCUUCACUCCCCACGCAUCAUGGCUUUUCGCUUAGCCCUGAGUUGCUUUCUACUGACUUGCGUUGGCGUCUGCUUCGCGACUUUCGGAACUGAACAUGUGCACAUCCGAGUCCAUAUUCCUGAACCACAUCAUUCUUCAAAAGAAGUAGUAGUUCAUGAACAUCAUGAAGAACACGGAAGUGGAGGCGGCGGGGGAGGCUACGGAGGUGGACAUGGAGGUGGAUUUGCAGAACAUUUACACGGUGGAUUUGUUGAUCAUAUAAAAGGUCACGGUGGAUUCGGCGGCCAUGGAGGUGGAUCCGGCGGCCAUGGAGGUGGAUCCGGAGGCUACGGCGGUGGUGGUGGCGGAGGCGGACACGGAGGUCACGACUUUGGCGGACAUGGAGGACUAGACUUAGGUGGUCACGGUGGAUUAGAUCUUGGUGGACACGGAGGACUAGAACUUGGUGGACACGAUAUCGGACAUAGUACGACUAAUGAUCUCGGAGGCGGCUAUGACUUAGGCGGGCAUGGUGGCAGUUUCAGCGGGGGUCACGGGAGUGGAAUUGGCGGGGGUCAUGGAGGAUUCAGCGGAGGUCAUGAGUUAAUCGCCAUCAGUGGCGGUCAUGAUGAUGGAUUUGGCGACGGUCAUGGCGGUGGUUUCGGCGGCGGUCAUGGCGGUGGAUUUGGCGGCGGUCAUGGCGGUGGGUUCGGCGGCGGUCACGGCGGCGGUCAUAGUGGUGGAUUGGGUGGUGGAUUCGGCGGUGGUCAUGGCGGUGGAUUCGAAGGCGGUCAUGGCGGUGGAUUCGAAGGCGGUCAUGGCGGUGGAUUCGGAGACGGUCAUGGCGGCGGAUUCGGAGGCGCUCACGGCGGUGGAUUCGGCGGUGGUCAUGGCGGUGGAUUCGGAGGCGGUCAUGACGGUGGAUUUGGAGGCGGUCAUGGCGGUGGAUUCGGCGGAGGUCAUGGUGGUGGAUUUGGCGGCGGACAUGGAGGUGGAUUUGAGGGUGGCCAUGGAGGUGGACACAGUGGUGGAUUCGGAGGGCUCGACCACGGCGUUGAAAGUUUCGGGGGUAGUCACGCUGCUGGUGGUUUUUCAUCAAGUGGUCAUGACAGCUAUGGCAGUAGCGGAGGACAUGACAGUCACGGAUCCGGUAUAGGCGUUGGAUCUGGUGGUGGUUUUGGCGGUCAUGGAGGUGGAGGUCACGACAGUUACUCCACAAUAGCCAGCUUUGACUCCUAUAGCGCCGGAGGACACGGAGGCGAUAGCUAUAGCCUCGGAGGAGGCGGGGGCGGUGGUCAUGGCGGUGGUUUUGGAGAUCACGGAGGAGACAGCUACAGUAUCUUAGGAGGAGGAGGAGGAGGAGAUGGUCACGGUGGUAGUUUCGAUAGCCAUGGAGGAGAUAGUUAUAGCCUUGGAGGAGGAGGAGGUGGAGGUGGUCAUGGUAGUGACUUCGGAGGCCAUGGAGGAGAUAGUUACAGUCUUGGAGGAGGAGGCGGUCACGGCGGAGGUUUCGGAGGAGGUUACAGCUUAUCUAAUGUCGGAGGUGGACACAGUCAUGGCAGUUUUGGGGGUGACAGCUAUACGAACGCAAUAGCCGCAGGCCAUGGAGGGGGGCCUUAUCAUAAAAAAAAGUAAGCCUACGUAGAGAUAAGGCAGUCAACUAAGUCAUAGUUUUUCUAUUUUCUAAUUCAUAAGGACGUAUAUUCUUCGUUCAGCCUUAAUAGUACAACCACUAGGUAUUUGUAAAUAGAUUUAAAUCUAAGUUAUUAAAUUGUUGUUUUUAUUGAGUAAAUGUUAUAAUAUA